ACAUGGUUUAAUGCUGGUUCACAGGUACAGGCAAAAAUCACAAUUGUCCCUAAGCAAAAAGUCAUGGAGAUUCAAUAAAGAACAUUUCAGAAAAUUUACCAAACAUUACUGAUUGUUUAGUACUUAACGAGUACCUUUCUUGACGAUUAAAAUGGCUUUCCUCAACCCAAAGACGAUAAAGAAAAGGAAAAAGACAAAGAAAAUUGGCUUGUAUUGAAAGUAAACUUAGACUCAGCAGUUACCUAUGGACAAAACCAGAUUUCUGAUCUGGUUGACUGGAAGAAACUUUAAGUGAAAAACUAAUUGUUAUUAAUGAAAACUAUUCCACGAUUUCUUUAGCAAUAAGGCCAUCCAUCUGGGGUAAGACAAAUAUUUCUAAAUUUACCUUUCUAUAAUAAGGGGUACUAAAAGUUUUCUAAAUGUUCCUGGGUUGUUGACAAUUUUAUUAGAGGUCCAGGGAGAUUUUCUCUAGUUCUUUUAAAGGGCAUCCCAAAUAUUCCCAAAUGGAUUUCUGCCUUUGUAAGAACAAUCCUACUGAAUUCCAAACUCACCCAAACAAAUAGGCUUAGUAAUUAAGCCCUAAGGGUUGAUAGUUCCUACCCAAUUCUAGCCCUGCUCCUUACAGUAUAAAUUCAUCAGUAAUAGAAACUCACAUUUAUGUGAAAUGCUGCAGUAAAUUUACAUGUCUGUCAGCUGGUAGAACAAUACAGUUCCCUUAAAGAUAAUAGACCUGAGACUUAUGGGGCUAACUGAUGUGGUAAAAACUCUCAUCUCUCUCUUUAAAAUGUGAUACCAGUAUGUGUUCUAUUUCAGUUUAAUCAUUAAUUUAAAUUCAUGCCUUCCAUUCUUGUUUAUAAGAAUUCCUCCUGAACUUAGCUAAUUCAUAAAUUAGAACUGAAAGAAAUGGACUACAUGACCUUAAAGGCCUCUUCCACAGCACAAAAUUAUGAUCCUAAUGUACUUCUGAAUUAAUCAAGAGCUGAAUAAAUGAGAAAUAUAAACUGAGAAUUUUGUUUGUUUUGUGAGAAAGAUUUUUUUCUCUCGGCCAAAGGGAAUUCUAGAGUAUCUUGGCAUUGAAGACUAAAGAAGAUAUCUUUCCUUUCCUUUUGUAUCACAUUCUCUAAAACAGGCAGCCUUUAUGUGAGUGUCAAAAUACUAAGUUACCAACUGCUAGAGGACAGAGUAUUUAAAUUUCUUGACACAAAUCUAUUAUCAGUACUCAUUUUCUGGGCCUGUUUCCAAAAGGAAAUGAAUAUUAUCACAUCCUUUGUAGGUAUUCCCCUUGCCCCCUCCCUUUCCCCCCACCCCCGAGUUUAUGGCUUUUAAAGAUUAAUCAGUCAUUUGCAAUGGAAGGAAGUAUGACCUUUCUUUGAACAAGAUUUUCUUCUGCAUUUUGAACUUUCAUUUACAACCACCAUAGGAAAACUAUGAACAUUUAAAAGCCCUCUGAGAUGCAAACAAAAAUUCCACCUGCCCCCACAUCUUGAUCUUUUUUAUUUCCUGAGCAGUAAGCUCUUUCUUCAAAUUGUAUCAGCAGCUUCAAAGUGUUAAAACCUAAAACUUGGCUCUCUUGUUUGAUAUGGCUGAUUGUGAAUUCCAUUAUGUUCACAUGCUAGCCCAGGACUACUUGAAGCAUGUUCAACAAAUGCCACGACUGGGAUCAUGUCUACAUAGGACAUCUCAAAUACUUCAAAAAGUUGCUUUCUCUGUCCAAGAAGAAGUUGAAAAGGAUAUGGAAACAUUCUUGAGCACUUUGGACAUUACUUCUGUAGAUUGUGCCAGAAGAAUUUUCAACAGUGUUAUGGAAAAGGAAUUUGAGGAUGGCAUCAUCAACUGGGGACGGAUUGUCACCAUAUUUGCUUUUGGGGGAAUUCUCAUUAAGAAACUUCUGAGACACAGAGCUCCACUGACUAUGGACACUCAUGAAGAAAUUUCUCAUUUUAUUGCUGAGUUCAUAAUGAACAACAUAGCAGAAUGGAUAAGACAAAAUGGAGGAUGGGAAAAUGGCUUCAUAAAGAACUUUGAACCCAAUAUGGUAUGGCCAAACUUCACAGAUAUUUCAACAAAGAUCUGGAAUGUAUUUUCCUUUCUGAAGUAAUCUCUUUCAACUGAAAAGAAUCAACUUGUAUUGUGACACCUGACUACUCUAAAACACCGGCUAAUACAAGAACGCUGGUCAAGAUUUGCUUCUUAUGGACAUGACCAAUCUCUUGCGGAAUCUAUGACAAUUUAAAAAAUCAGCAUUUUUAUUAACAAACUGAGUGUAUGUCUAUAAAUUUGGAUAAAUUUUGCUUGGAGUAGUAGCUUUAAGUUCUGAGUUAGUAGAGCAGCAUAGUAAGAUACAAGCUCUGUGUCUUAUUACUUCAUUAAUAUGUUCAUUUGACAGAAACACACCAAGCCUCAAAUAUAAUUAUCAAUAAAUGUAUACUGAUAUGCUCUUUCUAUAUACUGUUGUACUAGUUCCAAUCUUUCUUGAAAAUAGAGCUGGUUACAUUAUUUACAAAUAUCUUCAAUGACUCUUAAGGAUUUCCAAAUAAAGUUCAAUUCUUCUCCA